AUGAGCUCGAAUAUAGAUACUGCAAAGAAACCAAAAAGACGUUUUGUCGGCACGAAGGCUGGCGAGGUGAUUACCACUGCACAAGACGGACAAAGUAAUGAACUUAUAGCGAAGCCCCGGCCCAAAACUAACGUUAGGCGAGCAAUCAACCAAAUUCCAGACGAUAUUUUGAACGACCAGGCUUUGAACGAAGCCAUUAAACUGCUGCCCUCAAAUUAUAACUUCGAAAUUCAGAAGACCGUGUGGAAUAUCAGGAAACAUAAUGCCAAACGAGUUGCACUGCAGAUGCCAGAGGGCCUUUUGAUAUAUGCACUGGUCAUAAGCGAUAUACUGGAACAGUUUUGUGGUUCUGAGACCAUUGUAAUGGGGGACGUGUCUUAUGGAGCAUGUUGCAUCGACGAUUUCACGGCGCGAUCACUAAAUUGCGACUUUGUAGUCCAUUAUGCACACUCAUGCCUGGUACCCAUCGAUUUAACACAGAUCAAGGUCCUUUACAUCUUUGUAACUAUUAACAUCGAUGAAACGCACCUCAUCAAGACUCUGCAGAAAAACUUUGUAAGCGGUUCUCGGCUGGCAACUUUUGGUACAAUUCAAUUCAAUCCAACGAUACACAGUAUUAAAGACAAGCUAUUGAACGCAGAGAAAAUGUUAUACAUUAUUCCGCCCCAAAUCAAACCGUUAUCAAAAGGUGAAGUACUUGGAUGCACGUCCCAAAAGCUCGACAAAAAUCAGAUUGAUGCCAUGAUCUACAUCGGAGACGGCAGAUUUCAUUUAGAAAGCUCUAUGAUACACAAUCCCGAAAUUCCUGCCUAUCGAUACGACCCAUACAGUCGAAAGUUUACCAUCGAAAAAUAUAACCAGAAACAGUUAGUACAGGUUAGAGCGGAAGCUAUCACCAUUGCCAAGAAGGGGAAGACAUUCGGACUUAUAUUAGGUGCAUUGGGACGUCAAGGGAAUCUGGCCACCGUCAAUAACCUUGAACAAAAGUUGAAGUUGGCAGGUAAAUCUGUUUGUCGCAUCAUUCUCAGUGAGAUAUUUCCACAAAAACUGGCUAUGUUUGAUGACAUUGAUGUAUUUGUACAGGUCGCAUGUCCGAGGUUGUCAAUAGACUGGGGCUAUGCUUUCAAUAAGCCUCUUUUAACUCCGUAUGAGGCCAAUGUGCUUUUGGAACAAGAUGUUAUGUUCAACGAGACCUAUUACCCAAUGGAUUAUUAUGAGAUUGAUGGGUAUGGUCGUGGUAAGAUCCCCUCACACUAG